AUGAAAGCUGUUUCCUCCACCGACGCCGCUGGCGUUCCGAUACCAGUAUCAUCGCCCUCCACGACUCUUCUAAGCUACAUUCCUAGGCCACCGCCCUUACGCCAAUCGGACUACCCUUGUUCUGCUGAGCCGCCUCAUCGGCGAGUCCUUGUUUUCAUGAUUCCUCAUGCAACUGGAAGUCGCCGCUCAUUGAGUCCUCCGCUCCGCUCUGCGCAUUACGAUGCCCACCCUGGCGGCAAUGGAUAUUCUGGCGACAGGUCUGGUCCUCCGAGGGACGACAAUGGAGCGGGGCGCUCUGGCAGGACAGGACGGGAGUGGCAGGAGUCCUGGCUCGUAGUCGGUAGUCCUCGCGCGUGUCGUAGUCUGUCCUCGAUAGACAGAGCCGUAGCCUCCCGCUAUAGAGGUCUGGCCUUGGUUCCCUUGCAGUCGGUGCCCGUUCCACCAAGCGUGUCAGAGACUAUCCCCCUCGCCAUGUCCCGGAAAUUGGCUAUAGGAGAGCCUGACAUGUUUUUUUUCCUGCUCAGCAACUUCGCCUGUCGUUGA